AUGCCAAUUUUAAGUCACGCUGUGACACAACGACUUUGCUCACUGGGCACAUCAGCAAUAAAGGAUUUCUCUGAAUUAUUUCAUGAGCUAUCUCUUUUAGAUGAAUACGAAGAUUUACACUUUAAAGGGCAGCAAUUUGGAAGGGUAUCUUGUCGUAGUAUUGUUCCGCUGAACUUUUGA